AUGGAGGUGCGAGAUGAGGUAGAUGGGGAGAAGGUGGUGGAGGAGGAGGAGGGGCUCAUGUUCGCCGACCUGCCGGUAGCAGAAUCGAUGGCAGAGGGGUACAAGCUGACGCACAGCGAGAAAAAGGCGCAAAAGUAUGAGCUCAUGCGAGAGCGGCGAAGAUUGAAUCGCAAAGUCGAAAAGCAGAACCGCAAGUACAGGCGAAGCGCUGCUGAGGGGGCAGCAGACAAGGCGGAUGAAGGUCAGCAGGGCAGCACCCUGAAGAAAAAGAAAAAGAAGAAGGACGACCCAGAUAGCUGGACCGCGCACCGACCACGGCUCGUGGUCGACAUGAGCUUCGACUCGCAUCUCGAGGACAAGGAGGUCCGAAGUGUGGCCAACCAGGUGCAGAUGUCCUACGGCUGGAUGCGGUCCAAGUGUGAGCGUCCGCUUGAGCUGCACCUCACGUCGCUGACCCCACGCAUGGAGCAGGCCCUCCAGCGCCAUGUGGGCUACUCCCGGUGGCCUGUGGGCAAGCACGAGCAAUGCCACACGGAGGUGUUUGCCGAUGAGGUGGACAAGCUGGUCUACCUGUCGCCCGACGCAACGGACGUGCUCAUGGAAAUCGACCCCGACAAGAUCUACAUCAUCGGCGGCAUCGCCGACACGCACAUACAGAAAGGUCUCACGCUACGUAAGGCGCGAGACCAGGGGAUCGCCACGGCGUGUCUACCGCUCAAGGAGUUCGAGGCCUCGCACCGCACCGUGCUGAACGUGAACCACGCUCCACCCACGUUUGAAGUCUACACGUGUCUGACCUGCGAGCGAUUCAUCGUUUUAGUGGUUGAGAUCGUGACCACGGUGGCGGAGACGGGCGACUGGCGGGCGGCACUGGCGCGGUCCAUCCCCAAGCGCAGGGCCUACCACCACACCGGCAGAGCCGACGAAGAUAACUUUGAGCUGCCCAACGGACAAGACGGUGUGCCGCGUGCCCUCGCGCAGUAG